AUGCCAUGUAUGAAAUCACCAGGGAGAAAGGAUGGGGCCAAAUAUCCUGGUACAACUGCUUACAUUUCUUCUGGCAAUAAGUCCCCUACCAAGACAUUCAUUGAAAACGAAGUUGAUGAAACUUUGGAGAUCAAAGAAGAAUUCAUCCAAGAUCCAGGAACGAUUACAGUCCAGAAAGGGAAUAAAUCAAAUGAGUCAACAUUUUGUACCAUGUAUCUAGAAGAUGAAAUUUUUGAGUUGAAGUUCAAACCAGAGACUCUACAGAAGCAGGAAAUUCAGACACAUGACAUGAAUGCCCAUGUGCUUCGCAUGCAUCAUAAAAUAAACUCAAAAAAGUCGAUAUUAAUGCAUAAAUGCGACGAAUUUUAUCGAAGUUACACUUGCUCAGAUCAACAUGAUUCCACGAAUAAAUCGAAGAGAUCAAUAAAAAGGCGGGAUGGUGUGUCAUAUUCUUGUAGAAUUACUCACAUUUCUUCUGGCCAUAAGUCUGGUACCAACACUUCAAUUGAAUAUAACAAUGAUGAAACUUUGGAAAUCAAACAAGAAUCCAUCCAAGAUCCAGGGAUAAUUACAGUCCAGAAAUGGAAGCAAACAAUUAAGUCAAAAUUGUGUAACGCACAUAUGAAGCCCGAACUUCAGACCCUAAAGAAGCAGGAUAUUCAGGAAUCAAAACCGAAAAUGAAAUACACAUGCAACAAGUGUGCGCGAAGCUAUUCACAUAAAGGAUCUUUGAAAUCUCAUCAAAAAUUCAAGUGCGGCGUCAUGCCACAGUUCAGUUGUAAAUUCUGCAAUAAACAAUUUGGAACGAUACAACUAAUGAAGGGGCAUGUAAAUCGCAUGCAUCAGAGAACAAACUCAACCAAAUCAGCUUUAAGGCAUAAAUGCGAUAAAUGUUCGCGAAGUUACAGUUGGCUAAAAGAUCAUCAGAAUUCAAAGACUGCAUUAAAGAAAUCAACUGGAAAACAGACUGGUGGCCUACAUCCUUGUAAAACCACUCACUUUUCUUCUGGAAAUAAGUCUACUAUCAAGACUCUAAUUGAAUACGACAUGGAUGCAACUUUAGAAAUCAAGGAAGAAUGCAUCCAUGGUACAGAGACAAACACAGUCGAGAAACGGAAUAAAACGUUUGAGACAACAUUUUAUACCGUCGAUAUAAAAAGAGAUGAGAUUUUGGAUGCUGAGCGGACUCUCAAGAAGCAGGAAGUUCAGGAAUCAAAACAGGAAAUGAAACACACAUGCGAAAAGUGUGCUCGAACCUAUAAAUAUAGAAAGAAUUUGAAUGAGCACCUAAAAUACGAAUGUGGCGUCAUGCCACAGUUCAGUUGUAAAUUUUGCCCUAAACUAUUUAAACGGAAAAGUGAUAUGAAUGCCCAUGUGAAUCGCAUGCAUCACAAGGGAACCUCAAAAAAACCGGUAUUGAAGCACAAUUGCGACAAAUGUGCACGAAGUUACAAUUGGCUAAGAGAUUUAAGUCGACACAAACGCUUAGUACAUACUGCAGUCAAACCAGAAUUCACUUGCGAUUACUGCGGAUUUAAAACUAAUGUAAAAAGUACCUUGGCGGAACACAUUCCUUUACGCCACUUACAAGCAUCGAAAAAGAGGCGAAAUUGCGAUAAAUGUUCACGAAGUUACACGUGGUUAAGUGCCUUAAAUCGACACAAACGUUUGCACCACGCAAUGGUUAAACCGCAAUUUACUUGCGAUUUUUGCGGAUAUAAAACACGUGUGAAAAAUACUUUAUCCGAUCACAUUCAUUCACGACAUUUACACACACCAAAACAAAAGCUUUAUUGCAACAAAUGUUCACGAAGUUACACAUGGUCAAGUGCUUUAAACCGACACAAACGUAUGCACCACGCAACGUUUAAAACAAAAUUUAUUUGCGAUUUUUGCGGACAUAAAGCACAUGAGAAAUCAAACUUGUCAAAACACAUUGCUCUACGCCAUCUAAGACAAUAAUAACGUACAAAAAACAUUAAACUGUUGGAAAAUUCUAAUAAAGAAAUUUUAAGCAAUAAA